AUGGCGUGUAAUUUGAUUAUUUCUUCACUGUUGUUCAUACAUACAUUAUUUCAGUACUUGGGCAGCACGGAAGUGGAUCAGCCAAAGGGAAUCGAAGUGGUCAAAGAAGCGAUCUGCAAGUUAAAAUUUAAUCAACAACUGAGGAAGAGCGAGGGGACGAAAACUCCAAAAGUAGAGCUGACGAUAAGUAUAGAUGGGGUUGCCAUUCAAGAACCGAAAACGAAGACAGCACCAAAGCGGAUUAUGCAUCAGUAUCCACUGCACAGAAUAUCGUACUGUGCUGAUGACAAAGGUGAGAAGAAGUUCUUCAGCUUUAUCGCGAAAGAAGAAGACGCGGAUAAGCACACGUGCUUCGUAUUCGUUAGCGAUAAAUUGGCCGAGGAAAUCACCCUGACCAUUGGUCAAGCCUUCGAUUUAGCGUACCAACGGUUUUUGGAGACCUCUGGAAAAGAUCUGGAAACGCAGAGGCGACAUAUGAUUUUACAACAAAAAAUCAAGCGAUUGGAACACGAGAAUAACGUAUAUCGUCAGCGGCUGCAGGACAUUGCUGCUAUCAAAGGAUCGGCUGACGUAUCAGCUUACUUAUCGCAACAUAAUCUUCCGGAUAUCCUGCACGUGCCUGGUGCAUCAAGCGAAACAACGCAGGUAAAUGGAACCAGUAACAAGUUUUCUUCUGGCACGAACAGCGACAGUAAUGGAAAUACACCCAAUGGGUCGCAACAACCCCCACCAGUUCCUCCAAGAAAUUUUGAAAAAACAUUCGAUGACAACUUUAUGACAAGCGAGCCUGCUCAAAAGCCGUCAGUUGGUACCAAGCUAGAGGGACUUCUAAUGGACGAAUUUGAAGAAGAUUUCAAUCCGAGAGCAUUCGAAAGCGCGGUGAAUGGCAUCACGAAUCAUCAAACUAAUCACAGUUCUCUUCUGAAUGGUCAAAUAUCCUCUAAUUCGAACUUCUUCUCACAAAGCAAUGGCACUACAAGUCCUCCUCCAUUGUUGGCUCCACCGCCAAAAGCGAAGGACUCCAGACGUCAAAAUGGAGUGAAGGAGGAUUUAUUCGGCAGCAUUCCUUUCAAUCCUGCGCCAUCCAUGAAUAUGAAAAACGAAUUUAACGAUCCGUUCGGGAUGGGUGAAUUUGAAGCCACAACGACGAUUUCUAAUCCCAGCCAACAGGAGUUAGAAAAUGCUAUUGGUCUUUUAGAUAAAAAACUGCUUGAAAUGAAGGACGGUUUUAGCAGAGGUCUUUCCAUCGAUACCGAUGAUUUCUCGUUAGAAAGCUUGGAUCCUCUGCGGAAUUAAAUGAAAUAUUUUCUUUACAACAGAUAGAGAAGAAAACAACCAAUUAUGCAUUAUCGCAUGUUCCCUAGUGCAUAAAAGUAGCAUAAAAGUCCAGGAAAAAAUAGGCAAAUUAGGAACUACAUUUAUAUGAAGCCAAAAUUAGUCAAUUAUUAUUUUAAUUAUGCUAAUCUUAUAUUUAUCGUGAUGUCUGAUAAUUUAUCAUAUGCCUACUAAUAAUCAAUAAUAACUUAAGCCUCGAUGCCGAAUGGUGCAGAGAUCGCUUAUUGUUGAAAAGCAUUAGGAAACGAAUAGUAUUGAUAUUAGUAUAAUUCUUUCAUCAAUAUUGUUUGUUUCUUUUUUUAAAUAAGAAAUUGAGUUAUUUAAGGAGAUCAAAUGGCAAAAUUUGUAAUGAAUUUUAUAAGACAGGUUCCUAAAUUAAGAAUAAUCAAGAAAGGGAACAAUCUCUUUAGAAAUCUUCAUAUUCUUCUUCUCGACUACUAGAUUUAUGAGUAAAGGAACCACCAGUUGCUGACCUACUAUCAGCAGUUACAAAUCUUAUCGUAUAGAGAUAUUACGAAUAUCCGACCACUGAAACUGUUAUCAAUUUUUUCACUUGCAGUGAACUAUAUAAGACUCUUCGCAUGGCAUACAUAUUUACAUAUCUGUUCCAAGAAUAGGAAAAUUAUUAUUGUUCAAAGCGAUCUUUUUAAUCGUAAUAAAGCGGCUAAUGCGUAUUCUUUAACGAAGGAUGUUUGAAGGCAACAUUGACAAUAAUUGCCACUAUUACUAUAAGGUCCAAUUAAGAGAAAUUAAUAAUAUAUUUUUAUGCAAAUAUAAUGUAACUUAAGGUCAUUACGUCUGUGCAUUUUUCUGCAACACGAAUUAUUAUAAGAAAAGGAUUAGAACAUUAACUAAAGUACCGAUACAAAUCAUUACUAAUGGAUGAAUAUAAUAUAUUCAUCUGUUGAUAAAUAUAUUAUGCUACUCGUAUUAUGAGUAACAUCUGCAAUCCUUUCAUUGAAUUCAUGGGCUACUUUCCUUUGAUCGGUCUUCUGCUUUCUAUGGAAACGUACGAAAAAUAGCAUGAAUGUUAUGUAAGAUUUUACUCGCAAGUUUUACAGGCAUUUAUGCGUGCAAGGGUUACACAAUCUUGGAAAUCAUGCAACUUUAUGUUUGAUACGAUAAGAGGAAGAUUGUUAAUUGUGUACAUAUAAAACGCUGUUUUAUUAUUGUUGCUCUAUUGUUUAAGGAUUAUUGUUAAGAAUAUAAUGCCUGAAUAUUGUAACUAACAAA